ACUAUUUUUAGAAGCAAGCUGCCCAAAAGAGCAGAAAACUCCCAGGAGCCCUAAAUGAAAUCGAGAGCGCGCCAAAAGUUGUCCUGGUCGGAGGUAAACAAUCAAUCUGGUUCAUUGAUUGUUCUAUGAGACAUGACGUCUGCAAUUGGAUGGUACGGGCCGUUAGUUGAUCUCUGCAAAACCGAUCAUCACAUCGGCGAUAUCGUUCAGCUUCUCGUCUUUGUUCACCGCUCCACUCCCGUUCAGUACAAAUUAUCAAAAGGUGGAGAAGUAAUCAGGACAGACAUUCAGGUUGGUGAUGAUACGCUGCCAUUUUUCUCCGUCUCGUUGUGGAAAAAGCAGAUGGGAACCAUGGUUGUUGCCGGUGAUAUCUUACUGUUGCAAAAUGUGAAGAUCACUAAAUUUGGACAUGCCGUUGAGGCCAGAACGGUCGAGUGGUCAUCAUUAGUAAGUUUAGUCCAUCCUUAUGGAUCACUUCUCUCAAAAGGUGUAGAUGAGUUAAUAGAGGAAUCUCAAGUAGGGAAAACAACGUUGGAAAAGCUUUGCAAGGUAAUAAAAUGGGUGCAGCGAGCUAGAUCUGCUCUUAACACAAUCGGGUCACACAGUUUUGUGAAACCGAGGAACUGGAAAUUGCCAAAACAGAGUGAAUCUCAGAACCUGCUCUUGCUUUCAGAAGUAUUGGGCCUAAGUAAUUCCUGUAAUGCAAUUUUUAAUGCAUCAAUUGGUGAAAUUUUCCUACCAAUUACCUGGAGAGCACUUGAUGACUCUGAUAAGGAAAAGAUGUUUGUCAGCAGGAGGACAAUGGAAGAUAAAGAUAAUAGUUUAGCAGAAGAUUUUAUUUGUAUUGGCUGUCACUUGUGUGGUUCUCCUUUGGUUUCAGAGAACGGGUCUAUAUGCAAGCAAAACAAUAUUUCACUCUAUUGCCCGAAAAGCCCAAAUCACCUUCAUGCAGUAACCUUGAUUUACAGGCCCUUUAUGUUAUAUGUCUGGGAUGAAUCAGAAUACCUGCCACUCCUCGUAAGAAACAAGGCUGCAGUAGUGUUGUUUGGAAACAUCAGGGCUGAAAGAGUCUACUCAUGCUUUAGAGGACAAAACCGUAGUCAUAAUUCCAACCAAGCAUAUUUUUGCCGGGAGAAUAAUCCUGAAGCUGUAGAGAAAGGAUUAGUGGGUUCUUGCUCAUCAGAUGCAGACAAGAGCCUAGAAGUUAAGGAGAAAAACCACCACAAUAAAAACACUAACUUUCAUUUGAUUUGGUUGGUUCUUCUAAAGAUAUUGUUGCAGCAGGGAAAGAAUAGUCCCUUGAAAUUUGAAGCAACUGUGAACACCAGCCUAGAUACCGAACACGGGAAGUUUGAAAUGCUUUCUGUUUCAGUUCCAUGCGCCAGAAACAAAUUGUUCUCUGGUUGAUGAAUAUGUACUUUGCUAGUUAGAGGAUCCGAUAUUCCUUUUCGUGUAAUCAUAAACUCUACUACAAACUCUGCAACAUUCAGUAGUAGCUUACUGUCAUAGGGGCCUUUGUACCAAAAAAAGAGAAAGAAAGUCAUUGGGAUCUUCUUCA